GGGAAUCCGGCAGGCUACCCUACAUCGCUGGGCGGCAGACCUGUAUGGCUGCAACAGGGCUACUUGCUAGCACGUGUGGGAGCACAGCACCGUCUCACGAAGGAAGAGGAGGAGGAGCAGCAGCAACAGAGCGAGGGCAAGGAGUAGGGCGACAAUAUCUAGACCCGUCCACUAUCCCUGGCCAUGCCCAUCCUGGGCCCAGGAGCGAUGUGUAUGCCUUCCUGGAGGGCGCCCCCUGGCCCCACGGCGAGGAGGCCGAGCGACCGGCCGGCCAUGUGCGGCACGAAGCGCUGCAGCUGCGCCCUCCGUCCUGCAGGGGCCGCUGGUCCCGGAACGGCACCACCAGGGCCACGCGCGCGCAGACCCCGGCACCCGGUGGCCGGCGCCGCGCGGGCGGCCCGUCGGCGGCGGCGGCGGCGGUCGCCGCGGCGCACGAGCGCCGGUGCGACGGCCAGGCGCGGCGCUGGCAGGCCGGCGAGCAGAAGCGCGCCGAGCGGCAGCGGCUGCAGGCGUACGGCGCCGCGCCGGCGCCGCAGGAGGUGCACGGCGCGCCGGCGCCCGUGGCGGGCAUUGGGGGGGAGGGGGGAGGAGCGGGAGGAGGAGGAGGGGGAGGGGAGAGGGGAGAGGGGGAGAGAGAGGGGACGGGAGGGGAGAGGGGGAGGGGGAGGGGGAGGAGCCUUUUACUCCACGAGGGAGCCCAAAUGCCUCUGGAAACGGGUGUAAUACACUGAUUCGGCGAGCUCCAUGAUGAUGGUGUUGGUGAUGGUGAUGUUCCACAUGGCCCAGCCGUCCCCGUACCCGUGGUGCCCGUCGUCUCACUCGUCCUCGCCCUUGCCCUUCCUGUGCUGCAGCCUGGUCCGUCGCUGCUGCUGCUGCUGCCUCCUCCUCCCUCCAUCCCGGCUGCCCGCUGCCAGCACGCCCCGCCCCUAGCGGAGCGCAGCGCCGCCGCCAGCAGCGCGCU